AUGGCAAACUAAAGUGUAGCAUGAAUAUCAAACAGGUCAUAGCAGCGACAAACCGUGCUGAUAUUCUAGAUCCUGCUCUGAUGCGAUCUGGCCGUCUAGAUCGCAAAAUCGAGUUCCCUCAUCCCUCAGAGGAAGCAAGAGCUAGAAUUUUACAGAUCCACUCAAGGAAAAUGAAUGUGCAUCCUGAUGUCAACUUUGAAGAGCUUGCUCGCUCUACAGAUGAUUUCAAUGGAGCUCAAUUGAAGGCAGUUUGUGUGGAAGCUGGCAUGCUUGCUCUACGUCGAGAUGCAACUGAGGUGAUACAUGAAGAUUUCAAUGAAGGCAUAAUCCAAGUGCAGGCCAAGAAGAAAGCCAGCUUGAACUAUUAUGCUUAAAGUAGAUUCUCAUGUUUCCUCCGCUGCUUUCACAAGAUUUCUGGCCUCUGUAACAUUGAAGUUAGUAUUGCAAAAACUAAAUUUAUGAAACUAAAAAGAAAAUCUCUACCCUUUUGGUUCUUAUGCUGCUUGAAAAUAGAAUAUAGGCUUCGUUUGAG